AGGAGGAGCCAAGUCACGCCGUGAUGUCACACCAUCGGAGCAUCAUGGAGCUCCGAUGUAGAGUUUUCCUCCUGUGAAGUCUGGAGAUCAUAUGACAUCACAUUGCCUCCACCUCCCUCCCUGAUAGAAGAGAGAAAGAAGAAGAAGAUUCUAGAAGUCACCAGAGAGAUCACUGAGCUGCUGACAGGAGAGGUUCCUAUAAGGUGUCAGGGUGUCACUGUCUAUUUCUCCAUGGAGGAGUGGGAGUAUUUAGAAGGACACAAGGAUCUCUACAAGGACGUCAUGAUGGACAAUCAGCCGCCCCUCACAUCACCGGAUGGAUCCAGUCAUGGGAACCCACCAGAGAGAUGUCCCCGUCCUCUGUAUUCCCGGGAUUCCACACAGGAAGGUCACACCAUCCCUCACCAUCAUCAGAGUGGAAACCUGAGAGAUCCUAAAGUUGAGGUUAAAGAAGAGAUAAAAGAGGAGGAGGAUGAGGAUGGGGGGAUGGAGGAAUCUGUACCAGGACACCAUGGAGGAGUCAUCCAGCUACAGGAACCCCCCAGAGAGAUGUCCCCGUCCUCUGUAUUCCCGGGAUUCCACACAGGAAGGUCACACACCAUCCCUCAAUAUUACAAGGUCGUAGAAUUUGAGGUGAAAGCAGAAGAAGAAGAGGCGUAUGUGAGGGAUGAUCAGCAGUCUAUGGAGGAGGAUGGAAUAACGGGGACAUUUAUAGAGGAGGACACUCCUACAGAGAUCAGCACAGGUGGGUCAUGAACACUAAAUCCAUUCCUCCACCCAUACUGCUCACUGAUUGGUCCAGAGUAGGGCGGGGACUGGGUGAUAUCAGCCUGUA